AGCGAAUAAAUAACAUCCCACCAAGAAACCAACAUCGUUCUACGAUAUUCACCGAUUUAUAUGUGUAUAUCGUGGGAUCUUACCUCCAAUACUCUCAGUAAUACACACAUAUAGUUCGUAUUAUUUCUCAAUUUUCUCUUUUCUUAUCCGACAGCUCCCAUCUCUCGCUUCGGAUCUCUAGAGAACCCCUCCACCAUGACCACCGAACCGCCUACCAAGAAAAAGUGCUUAGGAGCAGACUGUGAAAAUGAUGCCUCCGCCCUACAAUGUCCUACAUGUCUGAAGAUAGGAAUCAAGGACAGCAACUUCUGUUCACAAGAUUGCUUCAAGAAGAAUUGGAAUGAUCACAAGGCACUGCACAAGAUCGCGCAGGGCAAGACUGCCAACGCUACCGGCUUCUACAACCCAUUCCCCACCUUCUCGUAUACCGGAUCGCUGCGUCCUGUCUAUCCGUUAUCGAAACCACGCCCAGUCCCCAAAUCGAUACCGCAUCCCGACUAUGCUGAGACGGGCUACCCCAAGAGCGAGCGAUAUAUUAAUAGGAAUAAGAUCGACCUACUCGAUGCCAAGGGACAAGAGGCCAUGCGUAAGGUGUGCAGGUUGGGGCGAGAAGUUUUGGAUAUUGUCGCGGCCGAAGUGAGACCUGGUGUCACUACCGAUUACCUCGACGAGGUUUGCCAUAAGGCUUCCAUAGAACGAGAGUGUUAUCCGUCUCCCCUUAACUACAACAACUUUCCCAAGUCUAUUUGUACGUCGGUCAACGAAGUUAUCUGCCACGGAAUUCCAGACCAGCGGGUAUUAUUAGACGGCGAUAUUAUCAACCUUGACGUCUCGCUUUACCACGGGGGUUACCAUGCGGAUCUGAACGAGACGUAUUAUGUGGGUGACAAAGCUAAGGCUGAUCCCGACUCGGUCCGGGUAGUCGAAACGGCUCGAGAAUGCCUAGACGAGGCAGCCAAGCUCAUAAAACCAGGAACUCUAAUACGAGAGUUCGGUAACAUUAUUGAAAAACACGCCAAGUCGAGGAACUGCAGCGUUAUCAGGACAUAUUGCGGCCACGGAGUUAAUUCCCUGUUCCACUGUCCGCCCAACGUACCUCAUUAUGCGAAAAAUAAGGCCGUAGGAGAAUGUAAACCUGGCAUGACUUUUACCAUCGAACCUAUGAUCGCGUUGGGUAAGUAUCGGGAUAUUACCUGGCCGGACAACUGGACAAGCACUACGAUCGACGGCAAGAGGACCGCUCAGUUUGAGCACACUUUCUUAGUAACCGAAACUGGAGUGGAAGUAUUAACAGCGCGAACGGAAAGUUCGCCUGGCGGACCUAUACCGAUACCGAACGUGGAAAUCGCAGCAAAUGGUAGCACAUAGUAGCUUCGUGGGUGAGCUAUGAUAUGUCUUUGUCUAUGAUACUAGCGAUGCAUACUACUGGGAUUUUAUCGUAGCAUAGCAUAGUAAAAAAGCAAAGUGAUCUUGGCGCAAGAAAUAUCCUACCGAGUUUAUUUGUUCAUUUGUAUUAGGUGAAUAUAUAAGGUAGGUAUGUGGUUUGUGU